UAUAAACGUAUUUCUUGGUUAUUUCCAACCACGACCACUUCUAGUAAAGAACUUUCAAGUUGAUCGACUCAACCAGCGAAAUAUAAAGGAAAAAGAAGAUACUGGCUGAAACUUGCAGGAGAAAUUUAUUUACAUCAGAAGCAUCAUCAAUAUUUAUCGUUAUUUAGAGACUAAAAAUGUUAUUCAAAACAACUGUAACAAUGUUUUUUUUUUAAAUUUGAUGAAUUCUGGUGAAAUGUUUAUCAGCAACAUUAGUGUAUGUCACUGUCUGGAAUGAGAACAAAAUACUUUGCAUUUUGUAUAGACUUAGAUAUAUUUUUAUAGGACUUUAGCUUGGAUCAUAGUUGAUGGACAUAUAGCAGAAGGAAUACUUGUUAGAAAUAAAUUAUAGAAAGAGAAACAAGAAACACAUUUGAAUAUUGUGGUGAGAGAAGGAACAUUAAUGUCAAAUAAAUCAAAAGAUUGAUUUUUUUUUACUAUGGUGAGAUGGCAAAAAAUUUAAGAAAGUCUUCAUAUGAAUGUGAUAUCUGUAAAAAGUCAUUCACUACAAAAGGUCAUCUUACUACUCAUGUACGUAUUCAUACAGGAGAGAAACCAUAUCAGUGUGGUAUCUGUGGUAAAGCAUUCAAUCAAAAUGGUGAGUUAACUAUUCACAAACGUCUUCAUACAGGAGAGAAACCAUAUCAUUGUGAUAUCUGUGGUCAAUCAUUCACUCGUAAAGAUAUUCUAACUACACACAUACGCAUUCACACAGGAGAGAAACCAUAUCAGUGUGACAUGUGCUGUAAAUCGUUUGCUAAAAGUACUAACUUAACUGAUCACAAACGCAUUCAUACUGGAGAAAAACCAUAUCACUGUGAUUUCUGUGGUAAGUCGUUCAAUCAAAGUAAUCAGCUAAUUAAACACAAACGUAUUCAUACAGGAGAAAAGCCAUAUCACUGUGAUAUCUGUGACAAAUCAUUCUCUCGAAAUGACGAGUUAACUGUACACAAAUACAUUCAUACAGGUGAGAAACCAUUCCACUGUGAUUUCUGUGGCAAGUCUUUCCAUGAAAAUAGUUCAUUGACUGGACACAAACGCAUUCACACUGGAGAAAAACGAUUUCAUUGUGAUGUUUGUGGAAAAGGAUUCAUUCGAAGCAUAGAUUUAAAGGGACAUACACACAUUCAUACAGGGGAAAAACCCUAUCACUGUGAUGUAUGUGGUAAAUCAUUCUCUCGAAAUGGUGACUUAACAACACACAAACUCAUUCAUUCUGGAGAGAAACCACAUCAUUGUGAUAUCUGCGGCAAGUCAUACCGUCGAAAUAAUGAGUUAACUAUUCACAAACGGACUCACACUGGGGAGAAACCAUUUCAUUGUGCUAGCUGUGGUAAAUCAUUCUCUUACAAUUGUCGGUUAAAUAAGCACAAAUGUAUUGGUAUGGAAGAAAAACUCUAUCAUCAUAAUGUUUUUGGUGAAUCAUUCUCUUAGCAUGGUAAUUUAACUAUUCACAUUUGUACUCUUACAUGGGAGAAAACACAUCACAUUGUUAUUUGUCGUAUUUCACCAGUCACUGCACCCCCCCCCCCCCCACCUUUCCUACUUUUUUGCAUUCUUAUGAACUCCCUACUCGUGCACCUUGGGCAAUCCUCUACUAUCUUACCUUGAAAGUAUACUGUGGUACAUUGCCACCAUCUCUUGCUCAUACCCCCUCUCACUCCCUCCAGGGUUCGGACUGCACCAAUCUUUGUGAAUAUUCAUAACAGUUUGAAAUCUAAAUAAAGUUGGUUUUCUCUUA